AUGGCACUAACCGCAGUAUGGUCUCACUACAUCAUGCUGGAUACGGUCUCUGGGCAGGACGAAACAGGAUGGAAGAGCAACUCCGAAAAAAAAGACAAGGUUGGUCACAUGCAAUGGGCAGGUAGAAAUCACUGUUUUCUCAGCACAGAAAAACUUGAUCAAUUUAUCGUUGGAGAUUUUGGAGAUGUCAUGAUCGUCACUCAUACCCUACCAUGUGAAACGUUUGGAUGGGGAGCAUCCGAAAUGUCAUUGUCUCCUAUAGGAAAUUCGUUCUUCUGUGAAGGUAAGUGA